CUACACCCAUGCGCUGCCUGAUUACAUUGGCUUUCUUUACUGCCCGAGCCAAGACGUGUGUGAACGUCGAAGUGGGGGUACAAUUGUAGACACUAAAUUGAUCCGUAAACAGCGCUAAAUCGGCUGUAACUAUCUUAUCCCAGAAACUACACUUCGGAGUUCAUAGGGAGCUGUUUAUUUCAACAAAUUCCAAAAUGUCUUGGCAAAGCUACGUGGAUAACCUGAUGGCCGAUGGCAGCUGUCAGGAUUCCGCCAUUGUUGGGUAUACGGACGCCAAAUACGUUUGGGCAGCACAUGCCGGUGGUACUUUUAGCAACAUAACGCCUCAAGAAAUUGAUGUCCUCAUUGGAAAGGACAGGACUAGCUUCUUCACCAAUGGCAUGACCUUGGGUUCGAAGAAGUGCUCGGUCAUCAGAGACAGCCUCCAUAGUGAAGGGGACUGGACAAUGGACAUCAGGACAAAGAGUCAAGGAGGAGAGCCAACAUACAACAUUACUGUAGGCAAAGCCGGAAAAGCAUUGGUUUUAGUCAUGGGAAAAGAAGGUGUCCAUGGCGGACAGCUCAACAAGAAAGCAUUUACUAUGGCUGAGCACCUGAGGAAGUCUGGAUCUUAAGGCAGCCUCUCUACCCACCUAGCAGUUCCCUCAUCCUCAUUCUGUUGACAGUACUUCCAGGAUUAGUUAGCAGACGCAUCUCUCCCCCAGUUCCAUUUUUAUGUACACCCUUUAUUUUUUCCCCCAUGUUAAUUCAUGAUUUUUGCUCCUAUAUCCCCGUACUUUCUCAGAGCAUUAACACAAUGUACUCAACUCUAUUUCUGACACUACAAUAACAAGUAGUUGAGGUUUAUAUUUAACAAAAGACAAAUGUGCAAAGAAAUGAAUAAAAAUGUAAUAAAAAGUGUAUACAAAAUUUGGACUCCGCUUGUAUAAACAAAUACUUAGCAAUUGGGAAAUGACGAGGAAGCACACCUUAAAUGGCUGUCAUUCAUUGGUGCAGAUAGUUUUGGAUGGGACAAUGCCUUCUGAGCAUACUAAAGAGAUAACCGGCCUGUAUGGUUUUCCUUUCCUAAGGGUGGCUUCCAUGUCAGGUUUUGAAAGUUGCAUGCAUAUAUUUUAGCAGGGUUGGGGUCAAUUCCAUUUUAAUUCCAGACAAUUCAGAAAGUUAACCCAAUUCCAAAUUUUCCUAAUUUAAAAGCAUUGAAGAGAAUUGGAAUUUCAGUGUAAUUCCUGAAUUGACUGGAAUUGACCCCAACCCGGUCUUUAACCAUACAGAGCUGAACUGUCCUUGCCCUCUGUUUCUUGCUUUGACAUUGGAUACUACAUACAUCAUAAAUCCAGAAUAAUCCUCUAUACAUACACCUUGAAACCCCUGAGUCAGACCACUUUUUUUUAUUUUACAUUGUCUUCCAUCAAAAGCUUUUGCUGUUGUAACUUGAAUGUGGUCUUACAAGUCAUUGUGGUGUUGGAAUAUUGUAAUGGCAGAUCAAAUCAGUAUUGCAGAGUUUUUUUUGGGGGGGGGGAUAGAAAUUACUCCCAUGAACCCUCACUACAUCUUGAAGUCUCCAUGGACAUUCCAUCUCUGCAAUAGCUCAGGCACUUAUCUUCCAUCUGCCAGCUCCUGCAAUUGUAUUUCACGCUGCUGGUAUUGCACAGUGCAUCGUCCCGACUCACUACAUAACCAUGUUUUGUAAAGUUGGCAAGUUAUAUUUUCCAUAGGACCAAUUGUUAUGUCACAGUUAGAGGGGGGGGGGCUUUUCAGAAUUACUUCAAAUCAUUGUGAAGGAUGAUUGUUGGCCUCCUUUGUUUGACUGUAAUCAUUAGACUCUAUACUUCAGAUGACUGUAAAACACUUACUGGUUCUUAUGAUGACUUUAAAACACUAAUUGAUUUACUGAUAAUUUGUCGUUAGCAGAUUAAAUUGCAGUCUCAUUUGACAUCUGUGGUAACCAGAGUAUUCUCACUGAAAGCAUUUGACUGUAAACCCAAGCUCUGCUGGGCAACAAAAUGUUUGAAUUUAUUGCCUUGUGCUCUACUUAUCAUCAACGAUGUAUCAGCAACUGUCAUAGCACGGUACUUAACAGUAUAUAAAAAAAUAUGAAAAAAAAUAGUGAUAGUGUGUACACAAUUUAUGAAAAAUGGUGUUGGUUGGAAUAAGAACACUAGUAAGUUGUCUUGUGAAAACUUUCUAAGAAAAACUGUAUCCUGUGCCAUAACAUAGAUCUGAUCUGUUGCUACUGUGAGUUUGAUUUUUGUUUAAACUGCUGCCCCAGCAAGGACUAACUUCAAUGGCACUUUCCUUCGGGAUAUUUUGGCAUCAACCGAUACACACAAGGCUUUGUGGACUAUGUACAUAACAAAAAAUAAUUUAUUGUCAAUUUCUUCCCCCUUAUGCAUUUGGAUUCAGUCCAAAUUAUGAAAUGUGCAUUUUCUAAAUUUGGGGAAAUGCUGUAAAUUGAUAAAUCAUCUUUGUUUACAGACAGAUCAAAUAAAAGUUAUUCCAACCAGAACUGUAA